AUGGCUUCCACCGUCCCCUUCUCGCCGGCCAAGGUCCAGAUGCUCAAGGCGACCAACUGCCACGGCCACGCGGCCUUCGGCAGCUGUUUCGCCGUCCCAAGAACCGGGCCAAAGCAGCGUUCCCUGGCCGUCAGGGUCAGCAGCGAGCAGGAGGCGGCCGCCGCCGUCAGGGCGCCGUCGGGGAGGAGCAUCGAGGAGUGCGAGGCCGACGCCGUCGCCGGGAGAUUCCCUGCCCCCGCGGCGUUUGUCAGACCAAAGGCCCCCGAUGGCACGCCUGAGAUCAGGCCUCUUGACAUGGCAAAGCGCCCUCGCCGCAACCGCAGGUCGCCAGCUCUUAGGGCUGCAUUCCAGGAGACAACCAUCUCGCCCGCUAAUUUGGUGCUCCCAUUGUUCAUCCACGAAGGGGAAGAGGAUGCUCCAAUUGGCGCCAUGCCCGGGUGCUUUAGGCUUGGAUGGCAGCAUGGGCUUCUUGAUGAGGUGUAUAAGGCACGCGAUGUUGGUGUUAACAGCUUUGUGCUCUUUCCAAAGGUUCCGGAUGCAUUGAAGUCUCCAACAGGAGUUGAAGCAUACAAUGACAAUGGUUUGGUUCCACGAACAAUUCGCCUGCUCAAGGAUAAGUUCCCUGAUAUUAUUGUUUACACGGAUGUUGCUUUGGACCCGUAUUCAUCUGAUGGACAUGAUGGCAUCGUGAGGGAAGAUGGAGUAAUUCUGAACGAUGAAACAGUAUAUCAGUUGUGCAAACAGGCAGUUUCACAGGCACGUGCUGGUGCCGAUGUAGUUAGUCCUAGUGACAUGAUGGAUGGUCGUGUUGGAGCAAUCCGUUCUGCUUUGGAUGCUGAGGGUUUCAAUGAUGUCUCCAUCAUGUCCUAUACUGCAAAGUACGCCAGUUCAUUUUACGGGCCAUUCCGAGAAGCUUUAGAUUCAAAUCCACGAUUUGGGGAUAAGAAAACCUAUCAGAUGAACCCAGCUAACUACAGGGAAGCUCUUCUAGAAACUGCAGCAGAUGAGGCCGAAGGGGCUGAUAUCCUUCUAGUGAAACCUGGAUUGCCGUACUUGGAUAUCAUCCGACUUCUCCGGGAUAAUUCUGCACUGCCAAUUGCUGCAUACCAGAAACCUGGACCUCGUUGUUUACUGUAUACCUCCGAUGCAGUUAAUGAAAUCGUUUUAGCAGCAGCACCCCCGCCUCUGAAGCCGGUCAUUGCACCAGAGCCGAUUGUGGUGCAGCAGCCAGCAGAAGAACUUGACUUGCCCCGUGGCGGCGUGGCCCAGGUGUCUGGCGAGUACUCGAUGAUCAAGGCCGGCGGGGCGCUGAACAUGAUCGACGAGGAGAAGGUGAUGAUGGAGUCGCUCAUGUGCCUGCGGCGAGCCGGCGCCGACGUCAUCCUCACCUACUUCGCCCGCCAGGCCGCCGUCGUCCUCUGCGGCAUGGGAUCCGCUGCCAAGUAG